GUUGUUAUUUUUACGAAAACAGCUGUGAGAGUUGUGUAUCAUACUGUUAAAGUUUUUUUGUUUUGUAUUUUGCGUUUGGUUCAAUUGAAUUCGUGAUGUCAGAGGCUAAAAGCGAAAUGUAUUACAGUUUACUGGAGUGGUUCAAGACCCUAAAUCUAAGCGCAGCCCACAACAAUGCCGAAGAAUUGGCUGACGGCCUGGCCCUGGCUCAAGCCUUAAAUCAAUUUGCAGCCGAUUUCUUUACUGAUUCGUGGCUGGCCAAGAUAAAGGCCAGCGCUGUGGGCAGCAAUUGGCGCUUACGAAUGAGCAAUCUGAAAAAAGUUACCCAGUCGCUGUAUGACUAUUACAGCGAGGUUAUGAAUUACACUCUAAGUGAUUUUGUGAGGCCUGAUCUUCAGCUUAUAGCCGAAAAAUGCGAUCAGGUGGAGCUAGAACGUUUGCUACAGCUAGUGCUGGGCUGUGCUGUAAACUGUGCCAAAAAGCAGUCCUACAUUACGGAAAUCAUGGGCCUAGAGGAGGAGCUACAGGCGAAUAUAAUGCGGGCUCUUCAAGAGUUGGAGUCCACUGGACUGGUGGCCGGUGAGAGGAGCCCAAGUAGCAGCGCUAGUGGUGGUGCUGGGAGUGGGGGAGCGGUCAAUUCGUUAUCCCGUAACUCCCUUAGUGUCAAGGCUUUGCAAGAGGAACGUGAUGCAAUGGCUCAGAAAUGUUUUGAAACCGAGAAGAAAAUGCUAUUGCUUCUUGAUGAGAAAACUAAUCUGCAGCAGGAAUUGCAAAAAAUUCAGCAAGAGUUUGCUCGAUUGGAAAUUAAUACGACGGCCAUUGGAGACGAUGGCGUUAGCCUAGGACCCGUUCAGGCCGGAUCGGUUCGCUUUAACGAGAUGCGACGUCAAUUAGAUCUCUUAAAGGAGGAACUGCUGCAAUCGGAGGGAGCACGCGAAGAUCUAAAACUGAAAGCCGUGCAACAGGAAUCCGAUCUAGUGCACAUGCAGCAGCGCAUUGAUGAACUUUUAAAAAGCUCUGCUGAAGUGACCACGCUCAAGGACGAAGUGGACGUCUUGCGUGAAUCGAAUGAUAAACUGAAAAUCUGUGAAGCUCAAUUGGAUACCUAUAAAAAGAAAUUGGAGGACUACAAUGACUUAAAGAAGCAAAUAAAAAUCCUAGAAGAACGCAGCGCAGACUAUGUCCAGCAGAAUGCCCAAUUCGAGGACGAUGCCAAGCGAUAUGCCAAUACAAAGGGACAAAUUGAACUUUUUAAAAAAGAAAUCCAAGAUUUGCAUUCCAAGCUUGAUAUAGAGAGUGGUAAAAAUGUCAAAUUAGAGUUUGACAACAAGAAUCUGGAGAGCAAGAAUCUAGCACUGCAGAGGGCAAAGGAAAGUUUAGUCAAGGAACGCGAUAAUCUACGUGAAACAGUUGAUGAGCUUAAAUGUGGGCAUUUGACAAACAAUUCUGGUUUAACAGGCUGCGUCGAAGGUACAACCAUGUCAAGGGAAUUACAACCGACAGCCAUGAUGGACAAAAUUCAACGACUCGAGGCAGAAAAUAAAGCACUGCGUGAGGGUCAGGGCGGCCAGACAGCCUUAGCACAACUUUUGGAUGAUGCCAACAAACGAUGUGAACAUUUACGCGAUCAAUUGAAGUCAGCGAACGAACGUAUACUUUCCCUAUCACAUGCAUCGCAAAGUGAUGAUCCCAUUCUAAAAGAAAAUGAAUUUGCCAAACAAAUCAAACAACUAAUGGAACUGAAUGAACAAAAGACACUCCAACUAGAAGAAGCUGUUACACAAAAUGCAUCAUAUCAGAGCAAAGUCAUACAAUUGGAAACCAGUCUAUCAUCACGUGAGCAAGAAAUUCUGGCCUGCGAUGCCAAGUAUCGUAAAUGUGUGCAAAAAGCCAAGGAGAUAAUAAAAAACAUUGAUCCGCAUAUAGCAAAUGCCAUUGAUGCCAGCGCUUUGGAAAAAAAUAUGGUUGAUGUUGUCGAUGAGGAAUCCAAACCCAAAAUGAGUGUAAUGGAAGAGCAAUUGAUGACGACGGCGUUCUAUAGAUUGGGUGUUAAUGCUCAACGUGAUGCUGUUGAUUCUAAAUUGGCUAUACUGAUGGGUUCGGGACAAACAUUUCUGGCACGUCAAAGACAAUCGGCGCCGCGUAAAUCACUAAGUGCAAUGAAAUCAAAGUAAAAACCAAUUCUCACAAUCGAAAGUCGAUAAAGAAUAGAAAACAAAAUUGAUAUUUUAUCAAUUGACACAAUAAUUUAUUCGUUAUAUGCAAUUAAACAUGUAUUAUUUAUAAGACAAAUAUACAUAUAUCAUUAUA